AUGGCCCUGUUGGCAUUCGCCCGUACCCCAAUCAAAACUGCCAGCUCUCAAGGCACGACCCCGGUCAUUCCAAUUAAUUCAACUACAUUGAAAGGGAACUUCCAUUUAAGUACUACUGCUGGGCCAACCCCAUUUCUAUCUAGUCAGCGAGUACGGAGUACUUCAUUUCCAGAUGUGACCUUUAUCCCAGAUAUCGAAAAUUCCUGGAAAACAUACACAAGGCUGCUUCCUUCACGUGAUGCUUCAGGUAGCCAACUGUCUACUUCUGUCGGUACUCAAAACAGAUAUUCUUCUUGGAUAGAAGAGGAAUUACGAAAUUCUCAGACAAUAGACUCAGGCUCUGGUGAACAAAUUACUAUCGCAGGAGAUACGCACUUCGAGAUCAUUACAUUCACUGGGAUGAGCUCGGCUUCACGCCCCGAGAAUAUCAACCAUUGUUCCGUUCAGCAUCAAGAAACAGAAAUCAACCAUGAUAAUGAUUUCUUACUCGAAGUCUCUCCUGACACUGAAUCGACUCACUCAGUUAUGUCCGAUUCGAUCUUGACGAAUCCAGUUUACGCACAUUCAACUCAGCACGGAUGUGUUUCUGACUUAGCAUCUACGGAUGAAUUAUCUCAUCCUGAUGAUAAUAGGCCGUUUAUGCCUUCAGCAUCGAUUAGACCCAGCGAGAACUUUCAAGAUACCACCGCCACCACAGGUAACUCUAUCGUGGGACCGUCGUCUGCUAUAUCAGACUCCUUGUCCAAUACAACUACCUCCCAUGGCGUAAAGAAAAGGAGCAUCCUAAUUUCUGUUGGCGUUGUAUCAGUAGCUGUUUGUUUGUUUGUCCUUAUAUUUGAAUGGAGUCGGCGUAGGAACAAACGCAGAGGUGUCAUCUGGAUUGGAUUUUCACCGGAACCAAACUGCGAUGCGCAGGACCCAAGCAAAUCAUAUUUCUCCAUAGAUUGA